CAGCAGUAGUAGUAGUAGUAGUACCAGUAGCAGCAAAAAUGAGAACAUCCCUCGCACUAGUCCUCAACUCUAUUAUUCCUCUUCUUAUUCAUCUGCACCUCUAUUGGAAGACAAGCCAACUCGUCAAACAGCCAUGCGAAGAUCCGAAAGUGUUUCUGCUUUUGUUGUCAGCAACAACUUGGUUACCCAUACAAUAGCGGAUUCAUCCUUGACAAAAAAUGCAUAUAAGCGAAAGUCAAAAACACCAGACGUGACAACAACUAGUAAUUACAGUGACAACAACAACAAUAUAUUGGCAAAUACCAAAACACUACAAGAUAAUAAUUCAAGACGAUUAUCUCUGGAGAAUGAUGAAGAUCUUUUAUCAUGGAAAGAAAAGGGUCUUUUGGAUACAUACUUGACCAUGUCCUUGCCAAAACUAAGAAAUGGUAUGGAUAGCGACCAUGACAACUCCAAGAAUAACAAAAAUGAUAAUGAUGAUAAUGAUGAUGGUGGUAGUGAAAGUGUUUUUACAUCAUCAAAGUAUACCAAAAAUACAACAACGAUGGAACAACAAUUAUUAUUUUAUACCAGCGAAACAAUACCCAACUCUACCAACCCGGUGUUUCGCACAGAUAUGUCCUUGAUAGAUUGGUAUGACGGCGUUCAGAAUAUAGUAGUGGUCAGAUUAUGGGCAAAACAUUCUCAACCUGAAUCUGCAGCAUUGGCAAGAAGAUCAGAUCCUGUGCAUGCUCAAGGCAACCACUCGGUUAUUACAACUGAAAUAUCUCAUAAUGCUAUUCAACACCCAUAUCGUUUAUUGAUCGAAUGGUCAGUGGAUUUGAAUGAACUUAUCUUUAUUGGGAAAUCGUUACAUGAUAUAUACAAAUGGCCAACCAAUACACUACUAUUUGAACUUGAUGAUGGAUAUUAUACUGCUCCAGAUAUUGUUGCUUUUGCAUUUACCCAACAUAAGCGAUCAAGUCAUCAGGAUAUGCAAUUAGAUUUAGAUAGUGCUAGUAUUGAGUCGGUUUAUUCUCCUAGAACAAAACGAUCAUAUACAUAUCAUCAUAUUAUGAAACUGAAUACUCUCAAAGAAUGUAUAUAUGAUGCACAAGUAUCUGCAGACGAAAUUCAAUUCAAUAUCAAUGAAAUACUCGAAAAGGAUAAAAACAAAUUUCGCUUGAUACGAGAAAGGGCACAAAAAGAAACGCGACUAAAGGAAUUGGAAACCUCGAUUCAAGAACAACAAGCACAGGUUGAUUAUGACCGGAAACAAGUGAAUGAUCUUCGACAAUCACUUGACAAACGAAAACUAGAACUAAAAAGAUCUCAAGAACGAUUUCAACACGGAAAGGAUGAUUUGGAAAACAAUGAUACCCAAUUGGAGAAAAAUAUCAAAAUGCAUAAUGAUACCUUCACCAAACUAACAGAACGAAAGAAGGAACUGAUUGCUGAUUUAUUCUCUAUAUACCCCAUUGAACAGUCUUUUGACGAUUUCACGCAGUUUCGAAUCCGUGGUGUUUAUCUUCCAAACUCGGUAUAUACUGGCUGUAAUGAAGAAUCUAUUGCCAUUGCCCUUGGUUUUACUGCUCACUUGGUUUCCAUGCUAGCCUUUUAUUUGUCUAUUCCAUUACGAUAUCCAAUUAAUCCUAUGGGUUCAAGAGCAACUAUCUAUGAUCCUGUCUCUCUGAUUCAUGGAUCUCGCAUUUUUCCUCUUUAUGGUAAAGGCACUGAUAGAUAUCGAUUUGAAUUUGGUGUGUUUUUAUUGAACAAAAACAUUGAACAGAUGAUGAAUGCUUAUGGAUUGAUUGUCAUGGAUUUGCGACAUACGUUACCAAAUAUUCACUACUUUAUACAAGCCGUUUUGACAACAUCAGUGACUUCCGGACCAACGUCAUUAUCGGUGUUAUCAAUAUCAUCUUAUGCACAGGGAAAAGAUCGAUCUGAUGGUAACAAUAAUGGAUCAUCAACCAAUGGAAAACAUCAAGAACAAAAAGGAAUAGACCAACAUGGAGAACAUCAUUUGACACUUCAGCCGACGAUUCGUAUUCCCAUAGAAAGAAUACAACCAUCACCUACAGUAUCAUCACAUUCUAUCUCUCACUCUCCAAAAUUAGGUGUGUCUCCUGGAAACCAUGCUUACUCUGGUGUUCACCUUUCCUCUCAUGUUUAUGCCGCACCGGCCAUUUUGGAUACUGUCACCACCUCAAGCUGUCAAAAAUCCAUCUCACAAGAUUCAUAAAGAAAGGCUUUUUCUUUUCUUU